AGAGACAAAUGUACACAACUAUUUCAUAGAGAAGUAGUAUGUUGUUGUUGUAUGAAUAUAUCGUUUAUGCACUCAUUAUAUAAUAGUCUGGCGUUUUAGUCCCGCAACACAAUCAGAAGUUAGAAAUGUCAGAAGUCGUUGACAUGAGGAACGACGCUGUAAAUAUGACACUUGUUCAUGAUUUGUUUCAUCAUGUGCCGCACAGUGUGACGUCACAGAGGCAUCAGUUGCGUUUUGAAGUUUGAUUAUGUUGUUAAUUAAAAAACACGAAAUGGGUCGUAUUAAUUGUUAACAUAGAAAGCGCUGUCACAAGGUCGUGUCUUGAAAAAGAACAGCUUUAAUUCUUCCUUUCGAGGACACGCUAGGACUUCCCCCUUUUAAGAGGAAUUUACCUGUGACCACACCUGAACAACAACGCGACACAAGGAGGACAACUUCCACAGAGGCGGACAACAGGUGUGCGUCGUCCCCCAAAAUGGAUACUCCCGGCAUGCAACAAGACAUCCAGACCGAGGACAUCAGCAUUUGUGUGUCGGCCAAAGAAAAGAAGAGCGACGAGAGAGAGGAGCCUGAAGGCAACUUCAUGCCGGAGAAGGCCGCCCAGGUGUUCCAUUUUGCAGCGACCAGGCCGCUGUCCCCAUCCAGACGAAGUGAAGCAUUGUGGGGGAUGGCCAAGGGUAAUCAGGGGUAUGAGGGUCCUGAGGACACGCCCCAAGCCACAGAUGGGCGGGGCUGUCCCAGUAGGGAUAUCUGGAAAGUGGGCGUGUCUUUGAUGACCUCCGCAAUUUUCUUCCCCUUCCUCAUCUGGGGGGGGUUUGUGUUCUUGCCGUUUGACGCCCCCCUGCUGGUUGGCGCCCCCUUGCGGCUGGUCUACGCAUUGCGCUGUUCUGUGUUUGCAGCCACGCCCGUCAUUUUAGGCUGGCUAGUCCUGGGUGUCAGCAGACUGAGGUUCGGCCUGGUCCGGCCCUCCUUGGACGACGGCGAGGACGAGCAGCAGCCUGAGGGCGUCGGUCUUCACAGAAGCUUCACGUCAGACUCGGUCGCCUUGUUCCUGCUCCACUUCCUGCAGCUGGUUGUCAUGGCGAUGUACCUGCGCCAGGAGCAUCUGAAGCUGGUGCCUCUUCUCGCCAUCAUGUUCGCAUUGGGACGGUUGGCCUACUGGGUGGCGGCCGCGUUCGGCAGCAGCGUUCGAGGUUUUGGAUUCGGUUUGACCUUCCUGCCUAUUCUGGUCAUGGCGACCACCAACAUGGUCUUCAUCUACGCUAAGGAGCCGUCAUGGAUCUUCAGAUUGCCUCACAACAUGAAGGUCUUGGCUCUGCCCACCAGCAGGCAACGGUUCUGGGGAUGAGGUCACUUCCUGCCACAUCCUCCCGCGUCAAGCACCCUCCUCCUCGUUUUGCCGUGCCAGGAACUUGAUGUUUUCAAAAUAAAACAGGAAAUCAGUCUUCUGCUCAGUGUUUGUGUCCACGGAGGUGGCAGACCACGGAUGAGUUCCUCUGGAGAACAUCUCUCUGUGCAGAUGUGAAUAUCACACAGGAAGGUUAAAGAUGGGGGGCUUAGUGUAGAACCUUGAGGGCCGCCGCAUGCCAACUUGAGACUCUACAGCACAAACUUAAGGCCCGGGGGCUAGAUCUUUGACUUUAAACAUUUUUUUUUACAGCAUAUUACUGUAAUUGGGAAAAUUGUACCGACGUUUUUUUUUUACAGUAAAACCAGCAGCUCAGUUGCCAGAAUUUUACUGUAAAAUGUAUAUAUAUAUUUUUUUAAAGGUGCCAUAUGUAAUAAUUUCAUGUCAAGUCAUCAUUAAAUGGCCCUGAUAUGUCAAAAGGCAUUAAUAAAUCAUGUUCUUUUUGAAUACCUCUAUAACAUAACAGUAGUUCAGCCGGGAUAUGCUCAUUUCAAAAUUUGAUUUACAGCCCCGAAAUAGUACAUAUAAUUUUAUGUAAAGCAGUUUUCUAUAUACAGUAAAAAAAUAAAUAAAAUAAUUUUACAGUACAAUUCUGGAUACUGAGCUGCCAGCUUUUCACUGAAAAAAAACGCUGGUACAGUUUUACCGUAAAAUCCAGUUGUUUUUAUGGUCAAAAACUGGCAGCUCAGUCACAAUAAUUUCACUGUAAAACAUAUUUUUUUAUAAUUAUAAACAAUAUAUAAUUUGCUAAUUUUAUAAUAUUUUUUUCAAGAAUAUUACUGUUAAUCGGAAAAUUGUACUGCGGUUUUUUUUACGGGAAAAAGCUGGCAGCCCAGUUGCCAGAAUUUUACUGUAAAAUAUAUUUUUUUAGUGUCAAUAGAAAACUGCUUUUUUAACGGUAAAAUUCUGGUAACUGAGCUGGCAGUUUUUCCUGUAAAAAAACUAUAGUACUGUACAGUACAACGUAAAAUUUACAGUUCUUACGGUCUAAAACUGGGAACUUAUUCGCAAUAAUUUUACCGUAAAAUAAAAUAUUUUGAAAUUUUUAAAAUAUAUUACUCUAAAUGGGAAACAUUGUACAACUUGUUUUAUAAUGGGAAAAUAGCUGGCAGCCCAGUUGACAGUUUUACUGUUAAAAAAACUAAAUAGAAAACUGCUUAAUCGGAAAAUUGUACUGCCGUUUUUUUUACGGGAAAAAGCUGGCAGCCCAGUUGCCAGAAUUUUACUGAAAAAUAUAUUUUUUAGUGUCAAUAGAAAGCUGCUUUUUUAACGGUAAAAUUCUGGCAACUGAGCUGCUAGUUUUACUGUAGAAACCGGUGGUACCGUUUUGCCAUUUACAGUAAUACACCGUAAAAUCCACAGUUGUUUUUGCGGUCGAAAACUGGCAGCGCAGUCACAAUAAUUUUAACGUAAAAUAAUAUGAAAAAAUACUUAAUAACUUGAUCAUUUUAUUAUAUAUAUUUUUUUAAGCAUAUCACUGUAAAUGGGAAAAUUGUACCGCUCUUUUUUUACGGGAAAAACUGUCAGCUCAGUUGCCAGAAUUUUACUGUAAAUAGAAAACGGCUUUUUUACAGUAAAAUCCUGGCAACUGAGCUGCAAGUUUGUUACUGUAAAAAAUGGUGGUUCCGUUUUGCCAUUUACAGUAAUACACCGUAAAAUCCACAGUUGUUAACGGUCAAACUGGCAGCUCAGUUGCAAUAAUUUUACUGUAAAAUAAAUAUUUUAUAUCAUUCUUACAGUAGUUUUUAGAAUAACUGUAAAUGGGGAAAUGUACUUUAAAAUUAUAUAAAUAUUUUUUACACCAUAAAAACUAAAUAUUUACAGUACUAAUUACUGUAAAUGGCAAAACUACUACAGUUUUUUUUACAGUAAAAACUGGCAGCCCAGAAUUUUACUGUAAAAAUUAUUUUUUUUUUUUACUGUAAAUGGAAAACAGAUUUAUUUGCAGUAAAAUUCUGGUAACUACCGGUAAGCUGCUAGUUUUACUGUAAAAAACGGUGGUACCGUUUUUCCAUUUACAGUAAUACACCGUAAAAUCCAGUUUUUAUGGUCAAAAUCUGGCAGCUCAGUCCCAAUGAUUUUACCGUAAAGUAGGGCUGAGCGAUAUAUCGAUAUACUCGAUACAUCGUGGGUUUGUCUCUGUGCGAUAUAGAAAAUGACUAUCAUGAUAUUCGAGUAUACGUUCUCACGCAGUUGCUUUUAGCUGCAGGCAUUACACUACAUGCUCUUCUCACUCUUUCUAGUCUCUCCUCACAGAGACUUAAACAAGCGCACCUUCUUACAUACGUCACAUACGUAUACGCCCUCGCUGAGCAGAGAGGUAGCAGCAUGGGUAACGUUAGCUGUGGUGCGAGUGGUAAUACGAGAGAAAGAAGGUGCGAAUCUGGUAACAAAUGAAGGAAGAAUUAAUUCCCAAGAAAAACAGCAGGGGGUCCAUCGUCUAGCGGUGGUUUGGCUUCAAGCGGGAAUAUGUCGAACAGACAACCGUAAUUUGUCAAGUAAGCGUUGCUACAAAAAGUAGCAUUACUGCUAAUAUGUAGCAUCAUUUGAAAAGUCACCUGCUAGAGAAUGAAGAGUGCUUACUCUGCAUGUCAACAUCUCCGUUCGGUGCCACACCAACAAAAUGCCCAAGCAACCAUUUCCACAUCAACACCGUAUGAAAAAAAUAGUCCACGACAUAAAUGGAUGGAUAAAGAGAUAACGUCCGCAGGAACCUACCACAUAGCGAAGGACAUACACUUUGAUUUCCUAUUAUGCAGCUCAUCUUUAUUUGACAGUUAUUGAAAUAUCUUGUGUGACAUCAUGCACAGAAGUGCACUUUAUUUGUUUUAAACUAUUGUAGUGGCGUUCUGUACAAAAAGUGCACUUUAAUUUAGUGUUUUGAUUUGUCAUCUUAGUGACAUCAUGCACAAAAGUGCACCAAUAGCUUGUUUUAAAAUGUCUCUGACAAUCUUGCACUUUCUGUUUUGAAAUGACAUGAAUGUUU